CUUCCAUCCCCUCGUCUCACUGCAGGCUUGCAGCGGGGGAAGGAGAGAGACGCCCCGCCCCAUGCCCCCAUCCACCAUGCCGUCUAUAUAUGGUCGUCUUCCUCGACGCACCGCGCCUCCCCUUCCCAUCGUGUUCCUUCCCGGAGCUUCUUCCGUUCUUCGCUCCGCACUCACCCUACCUCCUUCUCUCCAACUCCUGCUUAUCCAGGCGCGAGCGUCGCCAAGGUGUUCGACCAAACGCUCGGUUCCUCGUCGGCUCACGUGGGCGAGGUGUUUGCACAAGAGAGAUGGCAGGAGAGGAGAAGAAGGCCGCGGAAGACUAUGAUGGGAAGUCGCAGCAGCCUGUAGGGCGCACGGCGGCGACGGCGACUGCGAGAGACUCCUCCGUCAACGCCUCCCUACCCGGCGGUACCCAUACGCCGAUGGCGUCGUUCCAGCGCCUGGCCGCGGCUGGCUGUAGUAGCAUGAACUACAACGUGCAGCAGUCGGUGACGAACGCCAUCCACGGCCACGGCCACGGCCAGACGGGUCAUCAGCACGGCGACACGCUCAGAUCGGCGGCCCCGAGAACCUUGAACCUGCUCGACCGUGUGUGCCAGUCAACCUCAGUCGACGUCGACUCGCCCUUCGGCUAUAGGCAACCUCCUUCGGCGGGGCUGCCACUGCUCCCUAGCUACCAGUCAACGGGCGCGCCGAGAACCUUGAACCUGCUCGACCGUCUCGGCCAGUCAACCUCAGUCGACGUCCUUGCGCCCCUCAUGUGCCUGGCUUGCAAAACCAUGCCGAUGAGAACGCUGUCCGAUCCGAGUACCAUGCACCACUGCAUCUGCGAGUAUUGCUUCAGGGCCGGCAUUGCGUGCCCGAACUGCUGCCGUGACAUAAACCUCGACCAGUCAUCUUUGUCGGCCCAGGAGAAGUCCUCCCUUCCGCGAUUCGAGCCCUCUAUUCAGCGUCUCGGCCUGUCGUCUCGGCGCCCGCACUUCCGCAGAUGCUCCCCGAAGCUGACCAGGCUUCUUCUCAGGUGCCACCGGUCCCUGACGUUCAGCCCGCAGAAGUGGCGGUGCCGGAAACCUUGAAACUUGGGCUGGGGUUCAGGUGCUGGGCAUGCAAGAUCUGGUUGGCGCCUUGGGUGAGCUACUACCCCAAUGUGCCAGAGCAUAUCUGUGUCUGCUUCACUUGCUUCAACAACGGCAGCACCGCAUGCCUGCUCUGCCCGCCUCGCCGCUAGCUCAUCCGUCCAUGCCGUCGUCAUUCCAUCAUCUACCGCCCACGCUGCGAAGAAGUGUUUGCGCAUGCAUCACUGGCCGUCCAUUCCAAUUCUGGUUGGGGUUUUAGCAUGACUUUGGUACUAAUUCAUUCGUUUUGCUGCAUACUGUCACUUUGGUUAUCCGCCUUUGCUUUGGCAAAUGCUGCUCUGUGAUAGACCAUACUUACUGUGAAUUUGGUUAUCCGUCGAUUCUUGUUAGUUGUUUUUCUGCUUAUGAUUGAUUUGGUAUAGAAAAUAGAUCAGACCAUACUUACUGUGAAUUCAUUAAUCUUUUGGUGGUUUCUGAUGCUUCAGUUAUCUGUCAUGUAUUGCUAGCAGUAGAGAAAAUACUUGCUCUCUGUGGAUGCCACUGUACUUGGACAUCAGAGUUUGAUUCAAUCAUAUUUGGUUGGUUUCUGAUGUUUUAA